AUGAUUCCAAUUUUUCAGACCUCAGCAAUCACCCAGCGGAUAAGUCCCUGCUCCACCCUGACUAGCAGCACUGCUUCUCCACCAGCCAGUAGCCCCUGCUCUACCCUCCCACCAGUCAGUACAAAUGCAGCUGCCAAGGAUUGCAGCUAUGGGCCUGUUACUAGUCCAACAUCCACACUUGAAAGCAGAGAUAGUGGCAUCAUUGUGUCAGCUACCAGCUCUGCCCACUUGGAGGACCUUGCUUACCUGGAUGAGCAGAGACAUACACCUUUGAGAACUUCUCUUCGAAUGCCAAGACAGAGUAUGGGCAGUGCUCGCACACAGCAGGAUUUAAGAGUUCGCUUUGCACCUUAUAGGCCUCCAGAUAUCUCCCUGAAGCCUCUGCUCUUUGAAGUGCCCAGCAUCACAACAGAGUCGGUAUUUGUUGGCCGCGAUUGGGUUUUCCAUGAAAUAGAUGCUCAACUUCAAAGUUCUAAUGCCAGCGUGAACCAAGGAGUAGUGAUCGUGGGAAACAUUGGGUUCGGCAAAACUGCCAUCGUCUCCAGACUGGUGGCCCUCAGCUGUCAUGGUACAAGGAUGAGACAGAUCGCCUCAGACAGCCCACAUGCCUCCCCCAAACAUGUGGAUGCCAACAGAGAGCUGCCACUCACACAGCCACCUUCAGCCCACUCAUCUAUCACCAGUGGAAGCUGCCCAGGAACACCAGAAAUGCGCAGGCGGCAGGAGGAGGCUAUGCGAAGACUAGCUUCACAGGUGGUUGCCUAUCACUAUUGCCAAGCAGAUAAUGCCUACACCUGCCUGGUACCAGAAUUUGUCCACAAUGUUGCUGCCCUGCUCUGCCGCUCACCUCAGCUGACAGCCUAUCGGGAGCAACUUCUUCGAGAGCCUCACCUGCAGAGCAUGCUGAGCCUACGGUCCUGUGUUCAAGACCCCAUGGCCUCCUUCCGGAGGGGAGUCCUGGAGCCCCUGGAGAAUCUCCACAAAGAGAGAAAAAUCCCAGAUGAAGAUUUCAUCAUUUUAAUUGAUGGAUUAAAUGAAGCAGAAUUUCACAAACCGGAUUAUGGGGAUACAAUUGUAUCAUUUCUGAGUAAAAUGAUUGGAAAAUUUCCUUCUUGGCUCAAACUAAUUGUAACAGUUAGGACCAGUUUACAGGAAAUUACCAAGCUGCUGCCUUUCCAUAGGAUUUUUUUGGAUCGACUAGAAGAGAAUGAAGCCAUAGACCAGGACCUGCAGGCUUACAUCCUGCACCGGAUACACAGCAGUUCAGAGAUCCAGAAUAACAUCUCACUAAAUGGCAAAAUGGACAAUACUACAUUUGGCAAACUCAGUUCUCAUCUCAAGACCCUCAGUCAAGGGUCCUAUCUAUACCUGAAACUCACAUUUGACCUCAUAGAAAAAGGCUAUCUAGUGUUAAAGAGCUCUAGCUACAAAGUAGUUCCUGUUUCGCUCUCAGAGGUUUAUUUACUCCAGUGCAAUAUGAAGUUCCCAACCCAGUCUUCCUUUGACCGGGUAAUGCCUCUCCUGAAUGUGGCAGUGGCCUCUCUGCACCCACUGACUGAUGAGCAUAUCUUCCAGGCCAUCAAUGCUGGUAGCAUUGAAGGCACACUAGAAUGGGAGGAUUUUCAGCAGAGAAUGGAGAACCUAUCCAUGUUCCUAAUCAAACGCAGAGACAUGACUCGUAUGUUUGUACAUCCUUCUUUCCGAGAAUGGCUUAUCUGGAGAGAAGAAGGAGAGAAAACCAAAUUUCUGUGUGAUCCCAGGAGUGGUCACACAUUACUUGCCUUCUGGUUUUCCCGCCAAGAGGGAAAACUAAACCGACAGCAGACUAUUGAACUGGGACAUCACAUCCUCAAAGCACACAUUUUUAAGGGUUUGAGUAAAAAAGUUGGCGUAUCAUCUUCCAUUCUCCAAGGUCUCUGGAUUUCCUAUAGCACAGAAGGUCUUUCCAUGGCAUUGGCAUCUUUACGAAACCUUUACACUCCAAAUAUAAAGGUCAGCCGACUGCUGAUUUUGGGAGGUGCCAAUAUUAAUUACCGGACAGAGGUUUUAAAUAAUGCUCCAAUACUAUGCGUCCAGUCUCAUCUUGGUUACACAGAAAUGGUGGCCCUACUGUUGGAGUUUGGGGCCAAUGUGGAUGCCUCUUCUGAAAGUGGCCUGACUCCUCUGGGGUAUGCCGCUGCGGCAGGGUACCUGAGCAUUGUGGUGCUGCUGUGCAAGAAACGGGCCAAGGUGGAUCACUUGGAUAAGAAUGGGCAGUGUGCUUUGGUUCAUGCUGCACUCCGAGGUCAUCUAGAGGUUGUCAAGUUUUUGAUUCAGUGUGACUGGACAAUGGCCGGCCAGCAGCAAGGAGUAUUUAAGAAAAGCCAUGCCAUUCAACAGGCCCUCAUUGCUGCAGCCAGCAUGGGUUACACUGAGAUUGUCUCCUACCUACUUGAUCUUCCAGAAAAAGAUGAAGAGGAAGUGGAGCGAGCACAGAUCAACAGCUUUGACAGUCUCUGGGGAGAGACAGCCCUAACAGCUGCAGCAGGAAGGGGCAAACUGGAGGUGUGUCGUCUGCUCUUGGAACAAGGGGCGGCAGUGGCCCAGCCAAACCGCCGAGGCGCAGUGCCCCUAUUCAGCACUGUUCGUCAGGGCCACUGGCAGAUUGUUGAUCUUUUACUCACCCAUGGAGCUGAUGUCAACAUGGCAGACAAGCAGGGCCGUACUCCCCUGAUGAUGGCUGCUUCUGAAGGCCACCUAGGAACUGUGGACUUUCUGCUUGCACAAGGUGCCUCCAUUGCUCUUAUGGACAAAGAAGGAUUGACAGCCCUCAGCUGGGCUUGUUUGAAGGGCCAUCUCUCAGUAGUACGUUCUCUGGUGGAUAAUGGAGCUGCCACAGACCAUGCUGACAAGAAUGGCCGCACCCCACUGGACCUGGCAGCUUUCUACGGUGAUGCCGAGGUGGUCCAGUUCCUGGUAGAUCAUGGGGCCAUGAUCGAGCAUGUUGACUACAGCGGAAUGCGCCCUUUGGAUAGGGCAGUGGGGUGCCGGAACACUUCUGUUGUUGUCACUCUUCUGAAGAAAGGAGCCAAGAUAGGUCCAGCCACAUGGGCGAUGGCCACCUCCAAACCAGACAUCAUGAUCAUCCUGUUGAGCAAGCUGAUGGAAGAGGGGGACAUGUUUUAUAAGAAAGGUAAAGUAAAGGAAGCUGCCCAGCGCUACCAGUACGCUCUGAAGAAGUUCCCUAGAGAAGGGUUUGGUGAGGACUUGAAAACCUUCCGGGAACUAAAAGUGUCUCUCCUCCUCAACCUCUCUCGAUGUCGCAGGAAAAUGAACGAUUUUGGAAUGGCGGAGGAAUUUGCUACUAAGGCCCUGGAGCUGAAACCGAAAUCUUAUGAAGCUUACUAUGCAAGAGCAAGGGCAAAACGCAGCAGCAGACAGUUUGCAGCAGCCUUAGAGGACCUGAACGAGGCCAUCAAGCUAUGUCCAAACAACCGUGAGAUCCAGAGACUUCUGAUGAGAGUGGAAGAAGAGUGUAGACAGAUGCAGCAGCAGCAGCAGCAGCAGCCACCGCCACAGCUGCCCCAGCAGCCGCAGCAGCAGCCUCAGCAGGAGGUCCCAGAAGAAACAGAACCUGAACCACAGCAUGAAGAUAUGUACUCUGUACAAGAUAUAUUUGAGGAGGAGUACCUGGAACAGGAUGUUGAAAAUGUCUCCAUUGGCCUCCAGACAGAGGCUCGGCCCAGUCAGGGGCUCCCAAUAAUCCAGAGCCCACCCUCCUCUCCAGCCCAUCGGGACUCAGCCUACAUCUCUAGCUCACCUCUUGGCUCUCAUCAGGUUUUUGACUUCCGCUCCAGUAGUUCUGUAGGUUCUCCCACUAGGCAGGGCUACCAGUCCACCUCACCUGCUCUUUCUCCAACUCAUCAGAACUCUCACUACAGGCCUAGUCCACCACAUACUUCCCCAGCUCAUCAGAGUGGAUCUUACCGUUUUAGCCCCCCUCCCAUGGGAGGGCAGGGCAAAGAAUACCCAAGCCCUCCCCCUUCCCCUCUCCGUAGAGGCCCUCAGUAUCGGUCCAGCCCUCCAGCUGAAAGCAUGAGUGUCUAUAGAUCCCAAUCUGGUUCACCUGUACGCUAUCAGCAAGAAACAAACAUCAGUCAGCUUCCUGGCAGACCCAAAUCUCCCUUAUCCAAAAUGGCUCAGCGGCCCUACCAGAUGCCUCAGCUCCCUGUGGCAGUUCCCCAGCAGGGGCUCAGGCUACAGCCUGCCAAGGCCCAGAUCGUGAGAAGUAACCAGCCCAGCUCAGCAGUUCAUUCAAGCACUGUAAUCCCCACGGGAGCCUAUGGCCAGGUAGCCCAUUCAAUGGCUGGUAAAUACCAGUCUUCACAAGGUGACAUAGGAGUAAGUCAGAGCCGUUUGGUUUAUCAGGGAUCAAUUGGGGGAAUUGUAGGCGAUGGGAGACCGGUGCAGCAUGUCCAAGCCAGCCUGAGUGCAGGGGCCAUCUGUCAGCAUGGAGGGUUGACCAAAGAAGAUCUUCCACAGCGACCUUCCUCAGCAUAUCGAGGUGGAAUGAGAUACAGCCAGACGCCACAGAUUGGGCGUAGCCAGUCAGCAUCCUAUUACCCAGUCUGUCAUUCAAAACUAGAUCUGGAGCGGUCCUCCAGCCAACUAGGUUCCCCUGAUGUCUCACAUUUAAUCAGGAGACCUAUCAGUGUCAACCCUAGUGAAAUCAAACCCCACCCACCAACUCCCAGGCCACUGCUGCACUCCCAAAGUGUAGGCCUUCGCUUCUCUCCAUCUAGCAAUAGUAUCUCAUCCACUUCCAACCUUGCUCCUUCCUUCCGGCCAUCUUCCUCGAUUCAGCAAAUGGAGAUCCCACUGAAACCGGCAUAUGAUAGGUCAUGUGACGAGCUGUCACCAGUAUCUCCCACUCAAGGAGGUUACCCCAGCGAGCCCACCCGAUCCAGGACCACACCAUUCAUGGGGAUCAUAGAUAAAACAGCCCGGACUCAGCAGUACCCCCACCUUCACCAGCAGAAUCGGACCUGGGCAGUGUCAUCAGUGGAUACCGUUCUCAGUCCCACAUCUCCAGGCAACCUGCCUCAGCCUGAGUCCUUCAGUCCACCAUCAUCCAUCAGCAACAUUGCCUUUUAUAACAAAACCAACAAUGCACAGAAUGGCCAUUUGCUGGAGGACGAUUACUACAGCCCCCAUGGGAUGCUGGCUAACGGGUCUCGUGGAGACCUCUUGGAGAGAGUCAGCCAGGCCUCCUCCUAUCCCGAUGUAAAGGUGGCUCGGACCCUACCUGUGGCUCAGGCGUACCAGGACAACCUGUACAGGCAGUUGUCCCGAGACUCUCGACAAGGGCAGACAUCCCCUAUCAAACCAAAGAGACCAUUUGUGGAGUCUAAUGUUUAG